AUGUCCGCAGGAGCCAGCGUGAGCGCCCUGCAGCGCCUGGUGGAGCAGCUCAAGCUGGAGGCCAGCGUGGAGAGGAUCAUGGUCUCUCAGGCUGCAGCAGAGCUUCAGCAGUACUGCAUGCAGAAUGCCUGUAAGGAUGCUCUGCUGGUCGGAGUUCCAGCCGGAAGCAACCCCUUCCUAGAGCCCAGAUCCUGCAUUUUACUCUGAAGACUUGG